AUGGAUCAAAUGAAGGAGAAGUUUGCUAAGCUUCUUCUCGGUGAGGAUAUGUCUGGUGGAGGAAAAGGUGUUUCAUCAGCCUUGGCAUUAUCAAAUGCCAUCACAAAUCUAGCAGCAUCCGCAUUUGGGGAACAGAGAAAGCUAGAGCCAAUGGCAACAGAGACGAAAAUCAGAUGGAAAAAAGAGAUCGAUUGGUUGCUAUCUGUAACUGAUUAUAUAGUUGAAAUGGUUCCUGUUAAACAGAAAGCCAAAGAUGGAUCAAUGAUGGAGGUUAUGACAACACGACAGAGAACCGAUCUUCUCAUGAACAUCCCUGCACUUCGCAAGCUAGACACAAUGCUCAUUGAUUGCUUGGAUAAUUUCAAGGAUCAGAGUGAGUUCACUUACGUUUCAAAAACUUCAGCCGAUGAAAGUAGCAAAAGCAACGAUAAAUGGUGGAUACCAACUCCAAAGGUUCCACUAAACGGGUUAUCUGAAACAACAAGGAAAUGGAUACAGUUUCAGAAAGAUUCAGUUAACCAAGUUCUCAAAGCAGCCAUGGCUAUCAAUGCUAUGGUAUUAGCUGAAAUGGAAAUACCAGAAAACUACAUUGAUUCUCUACCAAAGGUAUGUAUAUAUAAUUCAAACUUUCAAAUUCUAAACUGUUCUUAUAAUUUAGCUGAUUAUUAUUCGUCGUUUCAGAAUGGGAGAUCAAGCUUAGGAGAAUCCGUUUAUAGGAAUAUCACAGUGGAUCACUUUGAUCCUGAUCAUUUCCUAUUAUCAAUGGACUUAACAUCUGAGCUUAAGAUACUCGAUCUGAAGAACAGGAUUGAAGCGUCUAUUGUUAUUUGGAAGAGGAAGAUGGUUUCUAAAGACAAUAAGGCUUGGGGUUCAGCUGUAACAUUGGAGAAGAGAGAACAAUUUGAAGACAGAGCAGAGACGAUUUUACUUAUAAUCAAGCAUAGAUUCCCUGGAAUUCCUCAAUCAUCUCUAGAAAUAAGCAAGAUCCAAUACAAUAAGGAUGUCGGUCAAGCAAUUCUGGAGAGUUAUUCAAGAAUCAUAGAAAGUUUAGCAUUCACAGUCUUAUCAAGAAUCGACGAUGUGAUCAAUGCCGAUGCAAACACAAGAAAUCCUCCUGUCGUCGGGGAACAUAAAAGGAAUGCGAAGUCGUCGUCGUCGAUCAAGUCUCCAAAUGAUAGGGAAGAGCUGGAGAGGCUUUCGUCGGGAGGGACGGCGUCGUCGAUGACGUUAUUUGAUUUCAUGGAUUGGAGAGAAGAUCAAGCGGAUUCUGAUCAGAAGGAUUCGACGGAGGAUGCUAAGUAUUCGAGCAAGUCGGCUAAUGCAGAUACAAACCGGAGAUUCUCGUAUGCCGAGACUCUAGGUAACUUGAGAAGCCCUAACUCACGGCAUUGACGAACGAUCGGCGGCGGCGACCGGCGACGACCGGCGACGAU